UUUUUAAUAUCGUAAAUGAGUUCUUUUUUAUAAAGAAUACUCUGUCUCUUUUCUAAGACAGUCUUUGAUACGGCGAUAUAGUUUUUAUUAUUUUUCUCUCUUAGAAAUGUUUUGUAUUUAUUACAAAUCAUUACAUCAUGAUAUUUCAAAUGGAAAUUUUAUUGCAAAAGAUCAACUGGGCGCCACUUUCGGAAGAGAGAAUCGCGCUACACCCGUGAUGCUACGUGAUCAAUAUCAGUGUCGACUCUCAGCCUUUGGACCAUUCUGAGCAGACAGAUCUGAAAAUAGAGAAAAUAAAAACGACAUGAAAGCCGUAACGCAUACUUGUACGCCAGGAAGCUUUCUAGAUUUUCCGGAAGGUGAAUCGAUUGAAGAUAUCGCCGAAUCCGUAGAUGAAUUGCGAGAAAAAUUAGCGAAUAUGAAGAAAUUGAUGGAAGAACGUAAGGGAACGACUCUAGGCGAGAUCAGUGCACGUAAAAGGAAAGAAGCUUCGGACAUAAUAGAUGGAAAUUUUCUUUCUUGGAUUUUUGGCUCUGCUCUCGUUAUUAUAUUAAGCGUUAGCUUUUACGCUUUUUAUAAUCUUUAUCACGCAGUACUCAAAAAAUUCCCUUCGCAUCAUACUGAGUUGUAAGCAAAGAGAAUAUAAAAAUAGAAAAAAGAAAGUAAAAAAACAAGAAAAUAAGAAAAAGCAGUGAAAAACGCGUCAAAUAUUCGUUCAAAUGGAAAGUUUCUUUUCAUUUUUUAUUUUCCUUUAAUUUUAUUAAUUACAACGAUGUUACAAUACAAACAGGCGAUACGAGAUUUCUUUUUUUAUCCUUUCGGAAGAUAUCAUACGAAAGAGAAACCGAAAUGGCUAAAUCAAUCAAAAGAAAUACUGUAUUCUGAUGUAAUUAUUAUGUACGUUUUACGAUGUAAUCAUAAAUGACUGACUCACUGACAAGAUCUCAAAUAACAAUGAUUUAGUUAUCAAUAUAAAAGUUAAAAUAAUCUUGAUGUAAUAUGUGAUAUUUUUAUCGAUAAAAUAUUAUAAAAAAAAAUAACAAAGAAUAUAUAUAUAUAUAUAUAUAUAUAUAUAUAUAUAUAUUACUUUGAUCAAAAUUAUUCAUAUUAUAGUGCAUGCGCUACGGUUCUAUAAUUUUUUUCUUUAUUAUUAUUAUUAUUAUUAUUAUUAUAAAAAUCAAUAGAAUGAAUUAUUUUAAGAAUUAUGCGUAAAAUGCUGAUACAUUAAAAGGAAAAGGAAGAAGAAGAAAAAUAUAAUUGGCAAGAUAACGAAAAAACGAGAAAGCGCUUUAAUAUGUCGUUCCGCAUAAUUUUUCUUCUACAUGCAAAUAUGUAAUUAAUAUUAUAUAUUAUUAUAAGUAUUAUAAUUUAAUAUUAGAUUAAAUAUUUAUUUAUUUAAUUCGUUGUUAAUGCAUUCAUAUAUUAUAAGCAUAGGUAAUAUUUAUUAUGAAAAUUGUUGAGUAUUACAUGUUCUCCUCAAAAUGAAUUUGAAUGAAAUUUAUUCAAUUAUUUUUUAAAUAUAUAAAUUAUGAUCUUAAUAAUUAUAUAAAUAAUUAUUUUUAUUUAAAUAUUUUGCGUUAAAUAUUUUAUUGUCAUCGAAUUUUACGAGAAUAAAUGUUUCAAGUAUAUAUACAAAAUGAAUAGGAAAGCCUAUAGUAAAUAAAAAAUUGUCUUAAGAUAUAACAAUUAUCGAUUAUUAUGAAUAUUAUGAAUUGUUUAAGAAAUAACAGAGAUUAAAGUUAAAAACAAA